CCGGCCCGGGCCCAGCCCUGCGCCCCUCGCCAUGGGCCUGGCCCUGGCCUGCCGGCCCUGAGCAUGGAGCGGGGCUGGCCAUCAGUGGACAGCUGCAGCGGGGAGCGGCCCGCCGCCUGCCGCCGCGCCCUCAGCGUCUGUGACUCGUUGGACCUGCAAGGCGCCCCGGCCGGUCGCGCCGCCGCCCUGCAGGCCGCCCUGUGUGCCGCGCGAGAGCAGCCGCUUCGGCCUCGGAGUGUGUGCUCGGGCGGCCCAGGGCCGGCGCCCGCCAGCGCCAGGGGCCUGCUGCUUGGUCUCCUGCGCCCGCGCCUCGGCCGCCGUGGCCCCGCGCAAUCGGAGUCGCCCUGCUCACCGGCGGCCAGUCCCGCGCCAACCCGGCGCAGCCGCGCCUCAGGGGAGCCGGCGCCACGGCCACGGCCCACGAGCAUGACGUUCCUGGAGGUGAACCGUCUGGAACUGGCGGCGGCGGCAGCGGCGGCCGAGGCGCCAAGCCCCGGACUGGGCCGGUCCGGUAGCUCAGGCUUCUUGCGCGGCGCUUCCUUGUGGAGCAGCCAGCGCUGGCAGGUGUUCCGUGGCGGCGGGGGACGCGGCGCCGAGGGCCCCCGGCGUGGCCUGUCUGCGCUGAGGAAGAGCUUCAGCUUCCGCCUGCGCCGCGGCCAGGAGAUUCGGCGUUCCGAGUCGGGGCUGCUGGCCCGGCCACCCCGCGCGCGCACCCGCAGCGACGGCGACACUGGCUCUUUGGGUGCCUUCCCUAGCCGCCGCGACCUGCUGGGUGCCGAGGCCCCGUGCGCCUCGCCCGAGCCGGGCCGCCCCCGCACCGCCGCCAGCCUCUGGAAGCUGCUUACUAGCCGCUUCCGCAGGAGGGAGUCUGCGUCCGCCUCGCCUCCCGCCGUACCGCUGUGGAGCCGCCGGGCAGCCGCGGCCCCCGGGUUCCUGGGCGCGCCGAGUGACUCAUUUGUGAACAGCCAGGAGUGGACCCUGAGCCGCUCGGUGCCGGAGCUUAAAGUGGGCAUAGUAGGAAACCUGUCUAGUGGGAAGUCGGCCCUGGUGCACCGCUAUCUGACGGGAACCUAUGUCCAGGAGGAGUCCCCUGAAGGGGGUCGGUUUAAGAAGGAGAUUGUGGUGGAUGGCCAGAGCUACCUGUUGCUGAUCCGAGAUGAAGGAGGGCCCCCCGAGCUCCAGUUUGCUGCCUGGGUGGAUGCGGUAGUAUUCGUGUUCAGCCUGGAGGACGAGAUCAGCUUCCAGACGGUGUAUAACUACUUCCUGCGGCUCUGUAGCUUCCGGAACACCAGCGAAGUGCCCAUGGUGCUGGUGGGCACACAGGACGCCAUCAGUGCUGCCAACCCCCGAGUCAUUGACGACAGCCGGGCCCGCAAGCUGUCCACAGACCUGAAGCGCUGCACCUACUAUGAGACCUGUGCCACGUACGGGCUCAACGUGGAGCGCGUCUUCCAGGACGUGGCCCAGAAGGUGGUGGCCUUGAGGAAGAAGCAGCAGCUGGCCAUUGGACCCUGCAAGUCCCUGCCCAACUCGCCCAGCCACUCGGCUGUGUCUGCUGCCUCUAUUCCGUCUGUGCACAUCAACCAGGCCACGAAUGGCGGCAGCAGCGCCUUCAGCGACUAUUCCUCCUCAGUGCCCUCCACCCCCAGCAUCAGCCAGCGGGAGCUGCGCAUCGAGACCAUCGCUGCCUCCUCUACCCCCACACCCAUCCGCAAGCAGUCCAAGAGGCGCUCCAACAUCUUCACGUCUCGGAAGGGUGCUGACCUGGACAGAGAGAAGAAGGCUGCUGACUGCAAGCUGGACAGUAUCGGAAGCGGUCGGGCCAUCCCCAUCAAACAGGGCAUCCUGCUGAAGCGCAGCGGCAAGUCCCUCAACAAGGAGUGGAAGAAGAAAUAUGUGACGCUGUGUGAUAAUGGACUGCUCACCUAUCACCCCAGCCUGCAUGAUUACAUGCAGAAUAUCCACGGCAAGGAGAUUGACCUGCUGCGGACCACGGUGAAGGUGCCAGGCAAGCGUCUGCCCCGAGCCACGCCUGCCACAGCCCCGGGAACCAGCCCCCGUGCCAACGGGCUGCCCAUGGAGCGGAGUCACACACAACUGGGUGGGGGCACAGGUGCCCCCCACUCGGCCAGCAGCACUUCCUUGCAUUCUGAGCGCCCCGUCAGCAGCUCAGCCUGGGCUGGCCCGAGCCCCCAGGGGCUGCACCAGCGCUCCUGCUCCGUUUCCAGCACCGACCAGUGGAGUGAGGCCUCUGCCCUGCCCCCCAGCACGCAGCACCCUGCCAGUGACCCAGCCGAGGCACUCAGUUCCAGCCCCAAGCUGGAGCCUCCCCCAUCUCCCCACUCCAACCGGAAGAAGCAUCGCCGGAAAAAGAGCACCGGGACCCCCCGACCAGAUGGCCCCAGCAGUGCCGCUGAAGAGGCAGAGGAGUCGUUUGAGUUCGUGGUGGUGUCGCUCACCGGACAGACGUGGCACUUCGAGGCCUCCACGGCAGAAGAACGGGAACUGUGGGUUCAGAGCGUGCAGGCUCAGAUCCUGGCCAGCCUGCAGGGCUGCCGCAGCGCCAAGGACAAGGCUCGCCUGGGAAACCAGAACACAGCUCUGGCCGUGCAGGCCGUCCGCACUGUUCGCGGCAACAGCUUCUGCAUUGACUGCGACGCGCCCAAUCCGGACUGGGCAAGCCUGAAUCUGGGCGCCCUCAUGUGCAUCGAGUGCUCGGGCAUCCACCGGCACCUGGGGGCUCACCUGUCCCGGGUCCGCUCCCUCGACCUCGACGAUUGGCCGCCCGAGCUGCUGGCCGUGAUGACCGCCAUGGGCAAUGCCCUAGCCAACAGCGUCUGGGAAGGGGCCCUGGAUGGCUACUCAAAGCCAGGGCCUGAAGCCUGCAGGGAGGAGAAGGAACGCUGGAUCCGGGCCAAGUACGAGCAGAAGCUCUUCCUGGCCCCGCUGCCGAGCUCGGACGUGCCGCUGGGACAGCAACUGCUGCGCGCCGUGGUGGAGGAUGACCUGCGGCUGCUGGUGAUGCUGCUGGCCCACGGCUCCAAGGAGGAGGUGAAUGAGACCUAUGGGGACGGUGAUGGCCGCACAGCCCUGCACCUCUCCAGCGCCAUGGCCAACGUGGUCUUCACGCAGCUGCUCAUCUGGUACGGGGUGGACGUGAGGAGCCGAGACGCCCGGGGUCUCACCCCACUGGCCUACGCCCGGCGGGCUGGCAGCCAGGAGUGUGCGGACAUCCUCACCCAGCAUGGCUGCCCUGGGGAGGGCUGCGGCUUGGCCCCCGCCCCGGGCAGAGAGCCGGCCAACGGCCCCAGCCCUUCCGCUGAGCUGCAUCGAAGCCCCAGCCUCCUCUGAGGCGCAGGCAGGAGGCCAGGGGGGCCGGAGGUGAAGCAGCAAGGUUUGCGCAGCGACGGAGCAGAGGAACUGGCCAGAGUCCAGGGACCCGCAGGGAGGUCUGCGGUUUGAGCAGCGGCAGAGAAGGGGAACACAUGCUGAGGAGGGCCAGGACCCCUUGGAGGUGCCUGUGAGGAGAGGGGAGCAGGACCUCUCCCUCCUGCAGAUCCCGGCCUCCCAGUGCCAGCCCCCCGCCAGCCUUUAUCCUCCCACGUGACAGGACAGGGCACAGACUGGGCACGGCCUGCAAGUCCCAUGUAACAUUUGUACAUUGGAAUAUUUAUGUCUGUGUACAUACUCGGUGUGCGUGUUUGAUGAGCCAAUAAACAAGACUGCGUGUGCAGCCACGUGGCCUAUGCUGAC